AUGUCGACUCCGUGCUCCGGAAACGAGCCGAAUAUAACACCGACGAAUACCUCACCUAAUAAUGAGACAUCUAAUUCAAGUGUGUCGACGACGGCGAACAUGGCGCCCGGCGAAACAAAUUCGUCGAGAGAGUUGAAAGUGAGUCCAUAGAAGAACAUGAAAAACAACAGGGGGCAGUUAAGAAAAAAAAAGGGAAAGAGUAGAAUGGCAGAAGUUUUGGCUGAGGUUGAGAGCAAAACUGGGAGAUGUGAGAGUAAAAAGAAAGAAUGGCUGAGUAAAGUGGUGAAGGACUGCCAGUCCUAAUGAUUCCCUUUUUUCGGUCGCUCCUUCAAACUGCAAAUCUUAUUAAAUCGCGUCCGCAACGUGUCCUUCUUUAUCCCCAUCCCUAAAGUUAUGUCCAUCAAAAAGCUCCAGCGAGAAACAUGAUUUGAACUUUAAUUGUAGGGUUAAUACGUUUCCUUGAACAGAUUCCACUAGAUUCCUCUAUAAGUGCUAAAAAAGCUUGAAAUCGAUAAUUAAAGGUUUCUAAAUUGUGAUCAUUUGAAACUAGCAAUCAGGUGUCCUUUCCGUUUCCUGAAAUAAAAUAGUUGCUACCGUAUUCCAAGUUGUCUUCAUUUGCUGCUCGGCCACCUAUAUAACGCUGAGCAAUUGUGUUUCUCCUACGGCCCCCCACGCGACAACUUUUAUUCCGCUCGCUUCUCAGAUGCAUUUAGAAAAUAGACGUUAUGUCGGGAGGAAUCGCGCGAUAAAAAUAAAAGUGUUAGGGGGAAGUGAUGCGAGGCGGUUUCUCUUUCCAUUUAAAACCCUCCCCUUUCCAACUUUCAAACAUCUUGCGAUCCAUAUAUAUGAUGUUAAUGGGAUUUGUUGAUAUGUUAUGUAACUGCCAAAACUAUAACUUAGAGUGCUGGCUGCAGAAAUUAAAAGCAGAUGUGUAAAUGUGGUCCAUGAUCUCAUUUUCGCUCCUCUUUUUGUUUGUUUGUUUGGAAAAGCCUAGAACGCUUGGACCUUUAGACUUUUUUUUGCUAAGAGGAUUAUUGGAAAAAAAAAAACGGGAUGUAAACUAUUUGUGUGCAUUCGAAAUUGCUCUGCUCCUCAAAUUCUUUUGUAUGAUGGGGAUGGCAACAUCACUAUUCAUUUCGAGUGCUGAAAGGAUGGUUAUUUUUGGCACUAUACGUAAAGGAUUUUUUUCCAAGAACGCACAACCCUUUCUUUUUUAUUGAUUUGAAGGGGUUUUCACUUCGUGGCCGCCGUCGGAUCAUUUGUUUUUCCAGUGGAUGUGGGGGCGGAGCCGCGGACGACGAAGAAGACACAGCCGGGGGGCUGGCUCGAGUAGAAGAGAAAAAGAGAACUGAAUGGGUGGAGAAGUGAAAAAAGAAAAAAUUCGACUAACAAAUCAUCUGGAAUUUGUCCGUUUUGCAAUAAAUGUGGCAGUGGGGGAGAAGAAGGGAAUACGACGAGGCAUUCGAAAAGUCAGGGGUGCUUAGAGGGCUUAUGGUUGGAAAAAGGAAAAAGAAAAAUAUCUGCCAGUGGGAGGAAAAGGUUCGCAACCAAAAGGGGACAACUUCGAAUACGAAAUAUUAUUAUUUCAGAUCUUCAAAAAAGUCAUCCGCGACCUAGUCCUUCGAGCUCCUUUCCAAGAAUUUCUGGAACAACAAUUUUGUGCCGAAAAUCUCAAUUUUUAUUUAGCAGUUGAACAAUUCAAAGAAAUUCAUGAUUUCCAGGUAUUUAUCACAAAAUCUAACUUUGUUAUCAAUAACAAUACUUGUUUUUCAGGAGAGGUCUUCCUUCGGUAGACGAAUAUUUGACCGAUAUUUUGCAAUGAAUAGUACUGAACCCGUAAAUAUUGACAACUCGACUAGCAAAAGGAUACGAGAAACCGUCGAAAGUGGCACGUUCCCUUUAGACACUUAUGACGUGGCACAAUACCAGGUAUGACUUCGUUCGACUGCCCAAUACGUUUCGUUUUUUUUCAGAUUCUUCACUUGUUGAAAUAUGAUUGUUGGCCACGUUUCUUGCGGUCUACUAAUAACACACAGCCAUCGUUUACGGAUGAGGAGCUAGCGGAUGAUGAAGAGAGAAAUGGGCACAGCCAACCAACUUGUGCGUUUCUCUUAAAGCGCCGAGGGGUCACCGCGUUGAACGAGAAGCGGGGACCCAGCGGCGCGAGGUUUAGGGAUACGUCAUGAUGAAUGCCUUCUUUUUUCAGCACUCAGUAACACGAAUGAAUUUGAAGCAGCUGCGCAACAGUCGCAGCCUGCUCCAAAUGCGCCGGCAGCAACAAAGGAAAAACGUAAGUCGAUUCUUUGGCACGGUUUGGAUCGGUUUUCACGCCGAUUGCGACGCGGGGAUAGCAACACGACCACUAAUUGUGACGACGAUGCCGACGCCAACGCGUCCGGCUCGGCGGUUGGUGGAAGAGGUGUUGUCGGUUCCGCUGGAUCAAAACGACGAUAUAUCUUCGCAGCAUCGAAACAGUACAGUAUGCCCGCGGAGAUGACGUCGCCGGUGAAGAAGAACUCGUUGUCGCCGACGCAUCUACGACGACGGUGUCGACCGGUGGAGCCGAAGCAUUGUCAACUAAUGAUUGGCGAUCAGUUCACGACAGAAACUGUCACUCUAGACGACCCGGUUGGUUUUUUAUCGGUUUUGCAUGCAACAUUUUCUAGCGGGGCUUCCUUCGAGAACAAACAGAGCAUCCGCAUGAACUUUGGAGGCGAAACCAUUCAAGUGUGAAACGCUUCAUCUGUCCAUCCAUUCUAUAUAUUUCGAGAUAACCUUUUUUUAUUUGAAGGGGAAACAAAUUCCAGUGCCUAAUCCUGACUGCUUAGUUCAAUGCGCUGUUUACGAUCUGUGGUCGACAGACAUCGCUAAUCCGUGACGGAGACGUGUAAAACGCAAGAAGACCAUCACGUAGAAUAUAUAGAAAAGGGGGUGGGUGGGGGAAGUGAGUUUGUGUUACGAAACAUUCUGCACUUUUGGAGAAAAAGUCAUCCUCAAGUCGUUAUUUUCAUGAGCUGAAACGAAGAGCUCAGCUCAAGCUUUCCGAUCAUUAGCUCGUGGGCAAAAAGAAGCGCUAAGGGUUCCAAUUAGUGGCGGGCAGGCUCGCAAAAACCUUCUCCUUCUCCUUCUUCUUCUGCUUCUCCUUUUUCUUCUUUUUCUUCUUCUUCUUCUUCUUCUUCUUCUUCUUCCUCUUCUUCUUCUUUUUCUUCUUCUCAAUAAAACAUUUCCUGUCAGGACGUUGCGCAUGCCUCCUUCGCCUCGGCUCGCCAACUUCAUUGAGAAUUUAUGAUGUUGCUCCGAGGGUGGCACACUAUUUCGCACCUUGGAUAAAAGGGAAAAAAGAAAGUGUAAUAUUUGCAUAAAACAUAAAUGUGAUAGGUAAAUAUUGUCAAAGCAUUAUCUCUUCUUAAGGAUAGGGAAGGGGGCCAAUGAGACCCAAUCAUGUAUUCACGACGACGCAAGAAAAAGGAUAGGUUUUCCCCGAGUUCAUUAAUGUGUGUGGAUGUGUGUACCCAACAUCCAGUGUUAUUUGUGCAAAAGGACCAAACUUUUACGACGCCUCUGGGGAGUUAAGAGUUACUGCCUGGACGAAUUUAAUUAGGAAAAUUGAAUGCGACGGCAGAACGAGAAGCUCGGAUUGUGGAAGUGGAAUCAUAGACGAAAAAAUUGAGGACAAGAGAUUGCGAUUCUUCUCGAAGGGGACGCUAGUUCGUAUGUCUUCCAAACACUGCAAAUGAAAUGUUUUUAAUUAGAUGCAAAAAGAGAGGAAGAGAUUGAGUUUGUCGGCGUCAUCCAGCGUUUUUCUUAUUAAGCUCGUCACGUUUAAAGUCAACUCUUCGUUUCUUUUUCUCUUUCUUCUUUCCCUUUCCCCUUUUCAAUUUCACUGCUUCUUCCGCAUUCGCUCACUCCACUUAUUUGUUGUCAGUCCAUGAAAGUCUGAAUACGAAUUGUCCAAUGCCUUUCCUCUUUUGUCCCAAUGUUCGCUUUGUUGGUGUGCUGCACCACACAUGGCCUUCGUGGAAUGGGAAAAGGGCACACAUUUGGCAGAGAGACCCGAAUGCAAAGCAGGAGAGGUGAAAAGAGGGGACAAAAUGGAGAUGAAUAUUUAAGAGAUGGAGUGCUUGAAAAGGGAUUCAGGCCUGACUGAACUUUGUUUCGCGCGGACGUAACUUUGACACUGAUCAAAGUUCGAUGGAAACAAAUAGACAUUCAAAAACAGACGAUGAUAAAGAACAAAAUAAAGUAUUAACUGGAUGAAUUUAUUUUUACCGCAUGCGUCUUCUAUUGCUUUUUUAAAUGUAUUGUUUCAGACAAUGUCGGUCCGUCGAUGGACGCAGGAAAUGGCUGACACACAGGGAAUGGAUCGGAUGCACGUGGAAGUUGUGGACGCGGAAACGGGCAGUACGAUAGACCCCGCUAGACAGGCCAUUGACGCUCUUCAAUCCCGCGCGCUUCGACUCGUUCCCGUUGUUUCGUUUAUCAUUGAAUUCUUGCCAGCCAAUUUCUCGUUCAAGAAUCCUGCAUCAACACCAACCAAGUGAGUUUGAGCGCAGUGACAAGAACACGAGCAGUAAAUAGUUACAUUUCUUGAGAAAAUGCAUUGCAGCUGCUCCGAAGCAUUGAUAUCUGGUAAUCUAGGUUAUUCACAUACACACACCCAAUUUUUCAGCGUUAUAUUAGGCAUGAAAAGCAACCCCUGUUAGUUUUACAUCUUUCCCACAAAUAAAAAUCAAUUUCACUUCCAUUCGCAGUUUCGUUUCACGCUCGCCCAGUUAGAUCCAUUUCCGGCAGAGAUGCAUUCUUCGUUUCCGCUCUCACUUUCCACUAUUUUUCCAGAUUGGUAUGCAUUCGUGCUCGUCAUUCGCUUUCAACCGGAGCUGUGCUCCGACCGCUUCUUUCCAAGUACACAAUUGAUCCUCAAAUCACGAAAAUCGUUCUGAACGGUUCCUUGGAGCAAGUGAAACGAUCUGUUGCCGUCGGUGCUGUCUCGCAAAAGUGUUUGACUGUCAUGUCGGAAGCACAAUAUAAUGGUGAGAUAAAUUCUUUAGUUCUGUACUCCCCCUUACUCUAUAUGCAUUGAUUUAGGUUUUAGUUUUUAAAUAACUGUUAGAUCCCGUCCGAGUUUUUCAAAGAUAAUGCGACGAUAAAGCGCGUGUUUAUUCAUUAAUGUGCAUUAACGAGGCCCUGUCACCCAUCUAACGUCUUCAUCAGCAGAAACCGACUCAUUUUGCAGAUCGCGUGAGCGCCGGCAAGACGAGUCUACCCCCGCGAGAUCCGAUUCUCUCGCAACAGCCGAGCACCAUUUACGAGCAGAACAACUUUCCGUUCCAUCAGAACGGCGACAUCUCAUAUUGCGAAAUUCCAACCGAGCAGGAACGCAACAAACACGCCCAUCUUCAGCACCACGGUGACGCACAAAACGCGGCGCAUCAACAAAAGGUUAGUGAGCCGGAAUCAUCAGAGCAGCGAAAAGUGAAUCAUGAGAGGAAGAAGAAAAAGAAGGAGAAAAAAGAGAUGAGAAACACUGAUGAGGAGAGGGGGAAAUGUGCAUUGGAUAGAAAAAAGGGAUAAAGCUGAAGGGGAUUCAACGCGCACGACACGCAUUUUAUCGUCGAGAGAAUAUAAAGAAUAGUGACUUUUCAGGAAUACACCCUCAGCAUCUUCAACAAAUUUGUCAGAAAGGCAUCUCAUGCAGUCUCUAAGAGUGACCCGAAUCCGCCAACAGCCAGUUCCAGUCAGGAUACAUCACGGAUGGUAGACUUCCAACUAAACAUGCGGGAGUUUGAAUAACUUAUUUCCAGGCCUCAGGAGUUUAUGCUCCGUCCCCAGCUACCGGACCCGUUGGUCGCUCUGGAAACAAUCUGAGUGGAUCUGCAAACCAAGUGAACGCCUCCAGUGCGGGCACGUCUAAUAAUGUGAGCGAAUCCAACAAGAGUCGCUUGAGCAUUUUCAAAAGUGUGAGUAUGGUUAUGUGGCUGUCGCUCCCUCGGUUCCUCCUCAGUUUCUGACGUUUUUAUCGCCGCCCCUCUGUCGAUACUUUGGGGGUUCUUCUCCUGCCGCUUUCCAACCAGCUUUUUCGCUCUAUUGAAUUUUCAAUGUGACACGGGCUCUUUUAUUAUGCAUACAUAUGCUUUUUGCCUGAUACAUUUUCCUCAUGUCUACCCGCUCGUGAGCUCGCGCGCGCGCCAGGGAGGGGCUGGAGGAACAUGUUGGUGGUGUUGAGGGUUCGAGUGUGAAUGAUUGAGUGUUUCAGUUCCAUUCGAUGCUUGAUGAAAUGAAGAAUGUUCCAGAAAAACGAGAAGAAAGUGGUGAAGGCUGAACCGGAAAAACUGAAGCCCCGGACAGAUGAUGUUCCAACGUUGCCCUCGACCGCAACUGCCACGUCGACGGUAGAUUGGAAACCAAACGGUGGACGUAGUGAACAAACAGGAUCAGCAUCAGGAGAGACAACAACAAAAACGAAAAGCAGUGGAGACAGCGCACAGGAAGCGGCAGGUAUCCGGCAUCCGGCAAUCUUUUCGACAAAAGUCGGAAACGAGGCAGCUGCGGCAGCGGCUGAAGCAGCGGCCGCCUCAUCAGCUGAAGCAGCCACGUCGUCGUCGUCGUCGUCGUCGAUGUCAACGUCACAAGCAAAGACGUCACCGCCACCUGUGACAGCUCCGCCGGUCGCCGUCUCAACUCCAUCUUCUGUGGUCAGUGUCCCUCCACCAACAGUUCUGCCACCUUUACGGUCUGCUUCAACUCCAGCUACUUCACAAGUGUCGGCGGGAGGUUCUGGCGGUGGCGGUGGCGGUGGCGCCGGAGGAAAGGGACGAGAAUCUUCGUGGCAAACAGCUGCAUAUGUAUAG